AUGAAGGAACGUCUAUUUUUUUUUGUGAUGUGGACCGAUGAUCAACUGUGCUUACUAAUUGAUGAAAGAAAAAAUCGAAAUGAGGAUUAUUAUAAUAUUCCCGGUAGUAGCAGGGUAGACUUUUGGAAUAGUAUUGCAAUUACAAUCAACCGACGAUUUGGGACCACCUAUACAGGACAACAAUGUAAUAAUAGAUUUCAGAAUCUUGUUAGAGAUUACAACUCGUUGUGCCAAUACAUAGCUGGGAGUCAAACUGGGAAGAGGAGCAGAGCAGGUGAACGAUUUUUUGAAGAUUUUAAUUCUCAUUUUUGGGAGAGACCUGAAACCCCAUUCGACGUAUUGCAUAAUACAAAUACAUCCACCAGAAGACGUCGCCAUAACCGUACCCCACCACCAUCUUACAAAGUGUCAACAAUUCUAACGACUAGUGAAAGGAAUGAGAAUAACAGCAAAACAGCCACCACCAAUAAUAACCAGGAUAAUAGAAGGAAUGAGAAUACCACUGAAACGGCCACCACCAAUAAUAAUCAAGAUAAUAGAAGGAAUGAGAAUACCAGUGAAACAGUCACCACUGGUAAUAAUCAAGAUAAUGGAAACAAUGUAAAUAAUGUUAAUGAUGUGAGUGAGAAUUCAGGUCAUAACGCGAAUGAUGUAGAUGAAAAUUUAGAUAAUGUUAGAUACUUAUCUUCAUCUGAGUUGGCAAAUAUUACCUCAUCCAUUAAUAUAUCUGCAUCACAAAAUGACAGUGAUGUUAGUAUGUUCGAUGUUGAAGACAGUCAGCCACCUUCUUAUAUGGAAUCUAUAAAUGAAGAGAGGAAUCCGUGA